GGCUCAGUGUGUUUUCCUGUGCGCGCCCCCGACUAUAUCCGCGCCGCCGCUGCCAGUGCGUCGUGCCGUCUGUGUCUGUGUGAGAGGGGGGGAAAUGGACCGCGGGCGCUCGCCCCAUUAAACCCGUCACCACACACACACACACCCCGCUCUAUCAAAGUCCUGACUGGAUUGUAACCGUCGGCCAGGCCCCCACCGCCCGGUACACCGAGCCCGCUGCCCUCACCCCCCUCCCCGGCAGCCGGGUCUCCUCAGCCGCCCCUCUCGCGUCCACACCCCACUCACACACGGCAUUGAUGGUAAUGUAUGCAAGGAAACAACCGAGACUCAGUGAUGGCUGUCACGACCGAAGGGACUCCCAACCCUACCAGACUCUUAAGUAUUCAUCAAAGAGUCAUCCAAGCAGCAGUGAUCACCGUCAUGACAAGAUGCGAGAUUGUACAGAUCCAUCUCCCCCAAGUAAAAUGCGAAGAUCAGAUAGUCCUGAAAACAAGUAUGGCGACAGUGUGGGGCAUGGCAAAGCCAAAAGUUUACACGUCCACAGAGUCCGAGAGAGGGAUGGAGGGACUAGUUUUUCUCCACAAGAAAACUCACAUAACCACAGUGCUCUUCACAGCUCCAAUUCACAUUCUAAUCCAAGUAAAACAUCUGAUGCUGCUUAUGAUCCUGCCGAUGACUGGUCUGAGCAUAUCAGCUCUUCUGGUAAAAAGUAUUAUUAUAACUGCAGAACCGAAGUUUCCCAGUGGGAAAAACCUAAAGAGUGGCUUGAGAGAGAACAACGGCAGAAGGAGUCCAGUAAAGUGGCCGUUAACAGUUUCCCCAAAGACAGAGACUACAGAAGAGAAGCAAUGCAAGCCACAUCUACUGCAGUGGAUGAGAAACAUUCCAGUGAUGCCAGCAGCAUGCUUCCACAGAACAUCCUAUCUCAGACCAGUAGACAUAAUGACAGAGACUACAGACUUCCCAGAACAGAGACUCAUAGUAGUGCUGCCCCAGUGCAACACUCGGUCAAGCCAGUGGUUCACCCAUCUGCUGCCCAGAGCACUGUUUCUUCUAGCCCUUAUGCAGUACAGCCUGAUCACCCACCUCCAAAGAAAUCCUUUGACGCAAAUGGAGCAGCUACUCUGUCAAAGCUGCCCAUUCCCACUUCCUCAAGUUCGACAUCAAAAUCUGACCGAAAAGAAGCUGCACCAGCUGACAAAUCAUGUACAACUCCAUCCACAUCAACUGUCCCUGCAUUAAACCAAUCCACCGCUCUUGCCUCUUCCUCCACGUCCACAGUCCCAGUGUCACCUGUGCCUCAAUCGCCAAUUCCUCCACUACUGCAAGACCCAACCCUCCUGCGACAACUACUUCCCGCCUUGCAAGCCACUUUACAGUUAAAUAAUUCUAAUGUGGAUAUAUCCAAAAUUAACGAAGUUCUUACAGCUGCUGUAACACAGGCAUCUUUACAGUCAAUACUACACAAAAUUCUUACUGCUGGACCUUCAGCGUUCAACGUCACUUCUCUGAUCUCGCAAGUUGCACAGUUAUCAACGCAAGCUACACAAUCCAAUCAGUCCCCUAUGUCUCUGACAUCAGAUGCUUCAUCGCCAAGGUCAUAUGUAUCUCCCCGAAUAAGCACGCCUCAGACCAAUACUGUUCCACACAAACCUUUGAUUAACACACCCCCUGUAACAUCACAGCCAAAGGCAAGUACUGCAGUUGGUUCUAAGCAAGGACCAUCUACACAAACCGUUCAGCAGCAGACAGCAACUGCUGACAAUCCCCAAGGCCAUGAGCCAACGUCCCCUCGAAAUCUUCAGCGACAGAGUAGUCAGAGAAGCCCAUCGCCUGCUCCAAAUCAUACCUCUAGCACCUGUGCAUCAAGCACGUCCUCUGUAUCACAGAAUGCAUCUGCACGGAAUCAGUGUGCACUGACCCCUUCAUUAGCUGCCUACUUUAAUGAAAACCUUAUUAAACAUGUCCAAGGCUGGCCUGCUGAACAUGCAGAGAAACAGGCAUCAAGGUUACGUGAAGAAUCCCACAUGGGGAGCAUCCACAUGGCUGAAAAUAGUACAGAAUUAAAAAAUUUAAGGUCUUUAGUUCGAGUAUGUGAAAUUCAAGCAACUUUGCGAGAGCAAAGGAUACUGUUCUUGAGACAGCAAAUUAAAGAACUUGAAAAGCUUAAAAACCAGAAUUCCUUCAUGGUGUGAAAGAUUGUGACUUGCACGUCGGUUUGGAACUGUAAAGCAGAGAGCCCAGUCUUAACAUUUUUGAGCUGCAUAUGAGUAGACUUUGGACCGUUGAGCUGGGCAAUGGACACGUCAGGGGGUUGUUGGGACUGAAUUUGGGAGUCCAUUCAGGGGAAAGACACACGAGUGAUUUGUAAAACCCUUGAAAUGUAGAUUUCUUGUAGAUGUAUCCUUCACGUUGUAAAUAUGUUUUGUAGAUUGGAGCAAUGGGAUGCCCAUGCGUAUCAGAGCUUCGACAUCCAAAACUAAUCCGUGCUGAGGUGGUUAAAAACCUAGCCUCUCUUCAUGUAAGCUUGUCUGCAAAAUUAGCUGUUUUUUUUUUUUUCUGUUAAUUUAUCAUUCAGAAAUCUUGCUUUUCCGGAAAUUAGAGACCAGCACCAGGCAGUGUAUUAAUGUCUGACAUAAUCUCUCAAACAGUUUGGACAGUAUACAAAACAUUUGUGCUAGAGUCCCCUUUCUCGCAACUCAGCCUUGUUUAAAAGCAGUGCUUUUAUUAUGUUUUUUAUUUUAUUUUUUAUUUCCUUCUUAUACAUGUUUCUCCUAAUUACUAGAGUUAUAUAUAUUUUUUUUUUCUGUGCAUCUAAUAAUUCUUUUUAUGGCACUGUUGCUGUGGCACUUUUUUCUAUAAUCUUUUCAUUCCUUUGUACAGUAGCUUAACAUUCAGUGAUUGAUCGAUACCCACUUGUUUGUAUAAAUUAUUGAAAAGCAUUUCCACUUGCAACCUGUGAGAUUUGAGGUAUAGCAAAAGUUGGGCAUGUGUGCUUAAAGUGCAUUUCAUGCUCAUUCACAAAAAAAUAAUAAUAAGAAUUAAAACAAACAAACAAAAACUCUGCCCAAUUAACAAUAUACUUAAAUGGUUGUGUGGGGGGACAGAGGAAUUCAAACUAGUCAGAUGUGAAAUGUAUCUGUUGUAAUAAACAUGUUAAAAGAGAAAAUUGGCUAAUUUCAUUUCCUUAAGUAAAAAUGUAAUGCAAUGUCUCAUGAUGCCAAAAGAUGAUAAAAAAAAAUCUUUUUUUCCUUCUCUGUGAACCGUUUAAAUCUGGGAUUUUAGAGGCAAUUAAUCCAAUGUCCUGGUCUUGUGAGCAAGUUUUCAAUGAAUUUAUCCACCAAAUCUGAUUUGAUGUCUCCAGCAGUUGUCUUGUGUUAUUUGACCUGGUUUAUCUGUCUCGUGUCACACUACCCAUUCGUUAGGAUGGUUGUGCUGUAAAUUUAACUGUUCAGGUCUGGUGCUGUUACUUCCACCACAAAACUUCUCAACUUGUGUCAUUGGAGUAUACCACUGUUAAGAUAGUGGGAAUUAUCCGCUUUGUAUAUUGUUUCCUAAAAUAUAUUCCAAAUAAACAGGAGAAAAAAAAUCUUCCUACUAAAAUAAAAA